AUGUCCCCGGCGCGUACCUCCCGCUUCGAGGCCUGGCGACCGCUUCCCUCCCGCCAGGUCCCCUCCGCCCACCGCGCCCCUCUCCACCACGCCACCUCUGGCUUGCUUUCGCUCUACUCCCGCUGCAACCCCGCUUUUCUCUUCAUCCGCAGCGUCCCUAGACGAUGCCUCACCAAACCCACCCACCCCGCAGGAAAUGACGGUUAUGAUAACAUCCACCAUGACUACAUCCUCCACGUCAAUGAUACCCUGAGUGAUGGCAGGGGCAACGAUUUUGUCGUCCUGGAUCUUUUAGGCACCGGCACUUUCGGACAGGUCGUCAAGUGCAGGCAUUUCACAGCAGGUACUAUCGUCGCCGUCAAGGUUAUCAAGAAUCAGCCAGCUUACUUCAAUCAGGCAUGGGUUGAGAUUAACAUUCUCCGCAUCUUGCAUUUCAACAACAGCUCAGAUGACACCCGUCACAUCGUCAACUUUCACAAUCAUUUCAUUUUUCGCGGCCAUCUAUGUCUGGUUUUCGAGCGUCUCAGCAUCAACCUCUACGAGCUCUUGAAGCAGAACAGCUACGUCGGUCUCAACUUUGACACCCUCCGCACAUUCCUCUCUCAGCUGCUCAACGCCCUCAAUGUCCUCGUCCUGUCCGAGGUCAUCCAUUGCGACCUCAAGCCUGAGAACAUUCUCCUCGAGAACCUCGACACGGCCAACGUCAAGAUCAUCGAUUUUGGCUCGGCCUGCCAGCUCCACUAUCCUAUUUAUUCCUACGUUCAAUCCCGUUUCUAUCGCGCCCCCGAGGUCCUGCUCGGCUGCCCCGAGUACGACUCCAAGAUCGACAUGUGGAGCCUGGGCUGCGUCGCGGGCGAGCUCUUCCUUGGCAUUCCCCUUUUUCCCGGCCAGAACGAGAUGAACAUGGUCUCGCGCAUCGUCGAGAUGCUCGGCGACAUGCCUGACCGCUUCCUGCGCCGCUGCCAAAAUACCUCCAAGUUUUUCUACCCCGUGCGUGCCGGCGAGACUGCGCCCGACGACGUCCAUCUCUUCCACCUCAAAUCCUCGGCCCAGUACGAGCAGGAGAACAACACUACGCUCCCCGAAUGGAAGCGCUUCUUCAAAGAGAAGAAGCUGCGCGACAUCAUCAUGACCUACCCCUUUCGCACCCCGGCCCCGCACGCCGACGAGAUUGCCCUGCGCGAAUCCUUCAACGACCUCCUUAACGGCAUGCUGCGUGUCGACCCGCGUGAUCGCUGGAACCCCGCCGACGCCCUGCAGCACCCCUUUAUGAAGGGCGAGCCCCUCCCCGGCGGUCAGCCGUGGGUCCCGCCAUCCCGCCCGUACCGCACGCCGGGCUCCAAGCCCAUCCUGAUCCAGCAGCCCGGUACCAUGGCCCCGACGCCUAUGGACGAGGUGUACAGCGCGUCGGCGCCAAACUUCACGCCGCAGGGCCGUCUCAACAUGAACACCACGUGGGGCACCGGGGCAGGCGGACACGCCACUGUCGUGGGGCGAGGGAGCAUGCCUCGGGGACAGCAUGUACUCUGGCGAGGCGACGAAUGCUGA